AUGAACUUCGAUUGUAGAACCCUAUGCGAUGGUGGGGCUAAUGUGAAUAUCCCCAACGCUAAAGGAGAGACUCCUCUUUACACUGCUGUCCGCCGUGGUGAUGAACAAAUUGUGCGCCAACUUCUUGCAGCUGGUGCAGAUCCGUCCAAGAAAACUGACAAGGGAGAUGAUGCCUUUUCAAUUGCUACAGCUAAAGGUGGAGCACUUCUGCCACUUCUUAGUAUGGAUAAGCUGGCACGAACUGUUCGCCGAACGCAUUCAGUGGAGUCUGUAGACUACGAUCGCGCUUCAAUCACUUCAUCGGAGGCGAUCUCAUCUCAGCUUUUCGUAGACAAGGCUGAAAAAUAUCCAGAAGGCAAACCAGAGUCAUGGACUGACUUGAUAUGGCCGCAGCCGAAGUUGAUUAGAGUAAACGCGGCUAGUAAAGGAUUUCCUUUCCCAAAAGACAACAGGUUGAAGAUAUAUUUCUGCGAUGCAUCUAGUGGUUGUCCUCGCAGAAUGAUGCAAGCAAUUCAGAUCAGCGUCCCCCUACUAUCGAAUGUUGGGCUUGAGUUGGAUUACCGUGGUCACAAGACUGCUGACCACGAUAACUCUCCGUUGGAUGGUAAGGUGACAUGCGGUAUUUAUGCUGAUGGGCGUCCAUCGGGGUCAUAUUCGCUGACUAUCGAUCCGCAUGGUGUGGAAAUUGUCGGAAGCGAUUACUGUGGUGUUCGUUAUGCCUUUGCAACUUUCGUGCAAGUAGUCCGGCUUCAGAAGUUUGCUCUUCGUCGUACCAACGAAAAUGGAUCGCCAAGUGCAAGUGGCGGUUUUGCAAAUGGGUGGAUACAGCCGAGUGACUCAGCAACUGGUGGUCAUGGUCUUGGGAGUGGUGAUAUGAAUUCCUUGCAUGAUAUAGAAUUGCCUGGCUUAAUGAAAAACGAAGCUAUUCCUUGUCUCACGGUACGAGAUCAGCCUGACCGUCCAUUCCGAGCUAUAUUCCAGGAUUUUUCCGGUUGUCGUAUUCUGAACACAGAAACGCUCCUUCAACUUGCCACUCGUCUAUCAUACUGUAAAGCUAACUUUCUGUUCGUGAAUUUCGAAGUGCGUACAACGGAUCGUUAUCAACUACCUUAUACAAAUCGUGAUUUAUUCCACAUGAUGCAAGUCUGCGAAGAACUUUUUGUCACGCUGGUACCCUCUCUUGACACGCAGUCCAACUACAUUGAUCCAAGUGCAGCUCGUGAGAUCAUUGAACACUUCUUGGAUGACUUCCCUCUCAGCAAAACUGCUCACUUCGGUCCUAAUCUCGCAAGCAUACUUAUUGCAAAUAAAAAUGUGCUUGCUGCAAUUCAGCGUCGUGUACCAAAGAUAUUCUUAUCUUCCCAAGUUGACGAAAAGAACUCUACAUUGUUGUCAUCCGUACCCUCGUACGUUACGCUGUGCAUCGAGGGAGGUUUUCCAUUUGAAGCUGAGAGGCUGCUAUCGCCCAGAGUUUCUGUUGUGCUAAAGUUCUCUACAGGAGACGAUGGCUAUUUAUGUGCUGCUCCUGAUUCUACAGCGAAAAAGGCUCUGUUAGCUGCCCGUUUGGGAGAAAAAUGCAAUGUACUAGGUACGAUGGUUUGCGAUCUCUCCACUGGUUGUGAAGCAAUGCCGCCUUCACUCUCGUACAUGUCACUGAUGGCAUCAUUGGGUGUAGCCUGGAACGGUUCUUGUGAUAUGAAGAAGUUCGCCUUCCUACAACCUGCCAUAGCUGCUCAUCACCUGCUUAUGGACGGAGAUAUGACUGCUCUGUUCGAGCAAGUAGCUACGUUAGGCCGUGUAGAACAUGAGCUGACGAAGUUUUCCUGUGGCAUCUGGCGUCCCCCUACUAGUAAUGCUGCUGCAUCUGAAGACGGAGAAACGAGUGCUUUCACACAGAGUAAGAAGAUGCCGAUCUCGGUGUUUGUUGAGAUGAUACUGAAUCCUGAAAACCUUAACCUUGAACGUCUUACACCAGUUAUAUUCAAGAAAGCAAGGAUCGAGUUACGACGCAGCUUAAUGGCUCUGGAUGCUGCUCGAAAGACUUUGCCAUAUAAUUUCGAGUUGGCCUUGGUCCUUGCAGAAAUUAAGUUGGUCACUGAGUUAAUGGUGUUGACAAGCAGGUUGGGUCAGGCUUUGUGCAUGCACAGAACUAAGCCACCGCAAGGAAAGAACCGCGACGAAGUCUUCCACUAUUCGCCUGGGCGAGUAGGAGUCGCUCAUCUACCAUUGACAGUACGAACGGAUCUUGCUAAUAGGUUGGUUCCCCUUGUAUGA